AUGUCUUCCACUACGCUCGGCUUCACUCCAGCGCAAGAGCUGAUCCGAGAACAAGAGGACAAGACCCUUUUGGCUCGCAGUACCUUCAUAGUCCUCAUCCCACUCUCCGUCAUAUCCGUGCUUUUAAGAUUCCUGUCGCGGAGGAUAGCACGGUCGCGGAUUUGGUGGGAUGACUAUCUUAUUGUCGUUGCACUGGUGUUUUCGAUUGGCCUGAAUGUGGAUCUUUUGCUUGGAGUUGCCCACGGGCUGGGUCAGCAUGCUGAGUUUGCUGGAAUCAAAGAUGUUGUCUACGGGGCGAAGGUAAGCACCACUUACCAGUCCGGGUGGAAUGCGUCUGAUACCAAGGAAAAGGUUGAGUACGCAGCUGAGCUGAUCUACCAACUGGCUAUGACAUGUGUCAAGCUCGCAAUAUUAUUGUUCUACUAUCGCCUUUUCAACGUGAACAAUCGCUUCGUCAUUGCGAUAUUCGUUGUAGGGACCGUAACGCUCUGCUGGUACUUCACGAGUACCUUCAUAAUCAUUUUUCAGUGCCGUCCUGUCAAUUAUAUGUGGACACGAGUCUCGAAGCCACUUCCCGGAGGUUGGUGUAUACCUCAGGAGGAACUCUGGACUGGUAGCUCUGUGACGUCUCUCAUCACUGACGUAGCUGUAUUAUGCCUACCGGUACCUAUAAUUUGGAAGUUUUCAGCCACUGCUUAUCAGAAGGUCGCUCUGUCUGGCGUCUUUCUAUUAGGCGCAUUUGGCGAGCCAAUGCCAACGCACAACGUAUUGAUGGCUUGGCAGAAUUUCGCACCGGAGGAAAUUUUUGGCAGGGCUCCAGAUCUAGUAGAGACACAAUCAGCCCCUGGAGUACGCGCCAAGGGAUGUCGCAGUCUUCUCGAGAGAGCCGGAGAGGGCAAGGAUCCCGACCGGGCUUCCGUGGGACAGGAUCUAUCCGGCGAGCAUCGCCUCACAGCCCUCACUUGUACGGGGUAG